UGGCAUGGUUAGGCUUUUCAGUUACACGUUACACGAGUUACACGAGGUUGUGGAUCGUACUGCCGGAAUAUCGCGAAUCGCGAUCACUUGCGCGAGCUCGUGAGUUAACUUGUUCCAGCCUCCUUAUUUUACACAAAAAAUUAAAAAAAUUAUUCUGAACGUGAUCUAUUCUUGGUUGUGUUAUACAAUUUAGUGUGAACGCUGUGAAUCUUGUCAAUUUUCCCGGAAGGCUUGCCUCAACCGACAUGAAAGAACGGAGGUCAAUUCCUUGUAAAAAAAACCCCUUGAAUCGACAUUGUGAUUGCUAGUAAAUGCACACAAGUCCCAGCUUUAAUUAAAAUAAGUCAAAACUCGGCUGUUUUGUGUCAAUUGUGAUUAUUGUGAACAUUGUGGAACUCGCGGACGCGGGAAUAAAUGUGUCAGAAUGGAGAAUCACACUUUGGACCAAUUUUGUGGAUCCAAGUUUUGGGAUGCGAAUUUGACAUGGUACACAGAAGAUCCUGAUGUGACGGACUGUUUUCAAAAAACAGUUUUAGUAUGGAUACCAUGUAUCUUCCUAUGGAGUUUUUCUUCCCUAGAACUUUACUACCUUCUGAAGAGCAAAAGAAAAAAUAUCCCUUACACAUGGCUAUUUAUAUCGAAAAUUUUACUUACUCUAGCCCUAAUUGUACUUGCCAUAGUCGACUUAGCAUUUGCAAUUUAUUUUAGUACUUACAAAAAAGUCUAUGAUGUAGAUUUUUACACACCGUGUAUAAACAUAGUUAGUUAUGCUUUGGCAGCUGUACUUCUUGUAUAUAACAAAAAGUUUGGCAUGCGUACUUCAGGAUUACUUUUCCUGUUUUGGUUUUUACACGCAAUUGUUGGAUGCGUACGAUAUAGAAGUUUAAUACGAUCGUCCGCUCACAAGACGGAAGUGACAUAUGAAUUUGUAUCGUACAUGAUUUACUACCCAGUAGUUGUUCUUUUAUUUCUGCUCAACUUUCGCGUGGACGCCGCACCAAAAGUUUCUGAGUAUGCUCCGACUGAAAGACCAUGUCCAGAACAAAAUUCAUCUUUUCCCUCGCGACUUUUCUUUGCUUGGUUCGAUUCCCUGGCGUGGAAAGGCUUCAAGAAGCCUCUGGAGACGAAUGAUCUUUGGUCAAUGAAUCCUGAGGACAUGGCUCAUGAAAUUGUUCCGCGUUUCGACAAAUACUGGAAAAAACUGAAAAAAGCAGAAAAUGCGCAAACUGUGAAGGCGUCAUUCCGGAAAGGAUCAGGACAGGUUAAUCUUAACGCUGGAAGCAAGAAGAAAACAGCAUCCAUUCUACCUCCUCUUUGCAAAGCAUUUGGACCCACUUUUCUUUUCGGCGCAUUACUUAAACUCAUUCAGGAUAUCAUGACGUUCGUCAGUCCCAUGAUUUUAGAAUUACUGAUUAAAUUCGUGAAUCCAAAAACACACGAACAGAUGUGGAAGGGCUACAUGUACGCGGUAAUUCUCCUGAUAACCGCAGUUUUACAAACUUUGAUUUUAUCGCAGUAUUUUAAUCGCAUGUUUUUAGUCGGUUUGCGAAUUCGUACCGCACUGAUAGCUGCAAUUUACAGAAAAGCCUUGCGAGUUUCGAACUCUGCCCGAAAAGAGUCGACAGUUGGUGAAAUUGUCAAUUUAAUGUCUGUUGAUGCUCAAAGGUUUAUGGAUGUUACUGCCUAUGUAAAUAUGAUUUGGUCAGCUCCGCUCCAAAUUGCUCUAGCUCUUUACUUCCUCUGGGGAAUUUUAGGACCCUCGGUGCUCUCCGGUUUGGCUGUGAUGAUCAUCCUAAUUCCUGUUAACGCUCUGAUCGCAGGCAAAGUUCGACAUUUGCAGAUCAAGCAAAUGAAGAACAAGGACGAGCGAGUGAAAUUAAUGAACGAAGUUUUGAGCGGUAUCAAAGUACUAAAACUUUAUGCCUGGGAGCCUUCCUUUGAGGAGCAGAUUUUAAAAAUCCGCAAUAAGGAGAUCAAAGUGCUUAAAGAAGCCGCGUAUCUUAAUGCGGGAACGAGUUUUAUUUGGUCUUGCGCUCCAUUCUUGGUUUCCUUGGUAUCGUUUGCCACCUUCGUACUUAUUGAUGAGAAAAAUGUUCUGGACAGUAGUACAGCUUUCGUUUCGCUUACUCUCUUCAAUAUUUUAAGAUUUCCUCUCUCCAUGUUGCCGAUGAUGAUUAGUAACGUUGUCCAGGCAUCUGUGUCUGUAAAACGUAUCAAUAAGUUCAUGAACUCGGAAGAACUAGAUCCCGAUAAUGUGCAACAUGACCCGAACGAACCUUACCCACUAGUGAUUGAAAAAGGUUCAUUCGCUUGGGACUCUGAACAGAAUGAUAAACCCGUUUUGCGAAACAUCAAUCUCAAAAUCCAAGAGGGUCAAUUAGUUGCUAUUGUCGGCACCGUUGGAUCCGGAAAAAGUUCCUUAAUCUCUGCUUUCCUCGGCGAAAUGGAAAAAUUGAAUGGCAGAGUCAACACAAAGGGUUCAAUCGCCUAUGUUUCUCAGCAAGCGUGGAUACAAAACGCGACUCUACAAGACAACAUCCUCUUCGGAAAACCUUUAGACAAGGCAAUCUAUAAUCGAGUCAUCGAAGCUUGCGCCCUAGGUCCGGAUUUGAAAAUGUUGCCAGCAGGAGAUCAAACCGAAAUUGGAGAAAAGGGAAUUAAUUUGUCCGGAGGUCAAAAGCAAAGAGUUUCUUUAGCGAGAGCAGUUUACAAUAAUGCAGAUAUUUACUUCCUGGAUGAUCCGUUGAGUGCUGUAGACGCGCAUGUUGGCAAACACAUCUUUGAAAAUUUGGUUGGAACCCAAGGACUGAUGAGCAAAAAGACCAGGGUUCUUGUUACUCAUGGUAUUACGUACUUACCAAAAGUAGACAACAUCGUUGUUUUAAAAGAUGGAGAGAUUUCCGAAAUCGGUACUUUUAAGGAGCUUUUGGCUAAACGAGGCGCUUUUGCCGAAUUUCUUGUGCAGCAUCUUCAGGAAGUAAAACCGGAAGAUGUUUCUGAAGGAGAAUUGGACGAAAUUACGCAGAGUCUUCAAACCACGAUUGGAUCUGACGAACUGCAACAGAAAUUGUCACACGCGAAGACUCAAAUAUCUGGAAAUAUUGGAGAGCCGGCUGAUAAAAAAUCCCUGAACGGUUCUCUGCACAGAGCCCAGUCCAUAGAAAGUCAUCAUUCAGGAAGUCUCGUGAGAAGCAACAGCGUCAAGGAAAACGAUACAUCGAAGAGUAAAACAGGAGAGAAACUUAUAGAAGUUGAAAAAACCGAAACUGGAAGUGUAAAAUGGAGAGUUUAUUCACACUAUUUGAGAUCGAUUGGCUGGUUCUUAUCGAUUUCGACGAUAGUGAUGAACGCCAUCUUCCAGUCGUUCAGCAUCGGAUCAAACGUCUGGCUAGCUAAAUGGUCCACCGAUAAUGAAUAUGCUAAGACUGAAAACGGAACAGUAAAUACUGACAUGUAUCUAGGAGUUUAUGGUGCUCUGGGUUUGGGACAAGCGUUUUCGAGCUUCUUCUGUGAUUUGGCACCACAGCUGGGUUGCUGGCUGGCUGCUCGUCAGAUGCACCUUGUGAUGCUGCACGGAGUGAUGCGCGUCCCGCUGACCUUCUUUGAUACGACACCUGCAGGUCGAAUAAUCUCCAGGUUUGCUAAAGACGUCGAUGUGCUGGACACCUCUCUUCCCCAACAAAUUUCCGAUAGCAUCUAUUGUCUCUUCGAGGUCGUCGCCACCUUAGUGGUCAUCAGCUUCAGUACACCAGAAUUUGUUUUUGUUAUUACUCCCAUGGGAAUAAUUUAUUACUUCAUUCAACGUUUUUAUGUUGCUACGUCCCGUCAGUUGAAACGAUUAGAAUCGGUUUCAAGGUCUCCCAUAUAUUCCCAUUUCGGUGAAUCUGUCACUGGUGCUCAAACAAUCAGGGCUUACGGAGUCCAACAAAGGUUCAUUAAAGAGUCGGAAAUGAGAGUCGACUUUAACCAAGUGUGCUAUUAUCCAAGUAUUAUUGCAAAUAGGUGGCUAGCUGUAAGAUUAGAAAUGGUUGGCAAUUUCAUUAUCUUUUUCGCUGCACUUUUCUGUGUACUUGGCACCAAAAACGAGCUACAAGCAGGAGUUGCAGGUUUAUCGCUCAGCUAUGCCUUACAAAUAACCCAGACUUUGAACUGGUUGGUGCGGAUGACCUCCGACGUGGAAACAAAUAUUGUUGCUGUAGAAAGGAUAAAGGAGUAUGGUGAAACGCCACAAGAAGCUCCAUGGGAAAUUCCAAAUCGCGAGCCACCAAAAGAGUGGCCGAUUGAGGGUAGCGUUGAGUUCCGUCAGUUCAAAGUUCGUUACAGGAAAGGCCUCGACCUGGUCCUCAACGGAAUAAGCUUCAAAGUCAAUGGAGGAGAAAAAGUCGGCAUCGUUGGAAGAACGGGUGCUGGAAAGUCCUCGCUGACUCUUGCCUUGUUUCGAAUAAUCGAGGCUGCCGAGGGGCAAAUCUUGAUCGACAAUGUCGAUGUUUCCAGUUUGGGACUCCACACCUUGAGAUCCAGACUCACGAUUAUUCCUCAAGAUCCGGUGCUCUUCUCUGGGAGUCUGAGGAUGAAUUUGGAUCCGUUUGGGAUCCAUUCUGAUGAUCAAAUUUGGAGGGCGCUUGAGCACGCGCAUCUAAAGCUUUUCGUUAAAGGAUUGCAGAAUGGCCUUUCGCACGAAGUUUCAGAGGGUGGAGACAAUCUAAGUGUGGGCCAGAGGCAGUUGAUUUGUUUAGCCAGGGCCUUGUUAAGGAAAACGAAAGUACUCAUUUUAGAUGAAGCGACAGCUGCCGUCGAUCUAGAAACGGAUGAUCUUAUUCAAAGGACAAUCCGUGAAGAGUUCAAAGAUUGUACUGUUCUAACUAUUGCUCACAGGCUCAAUACUAUUCUUGAUUCCGACAGGGUAAUUGUUUUAGACAAAGGAACAAUCGCGGAAUUUGAUUCACCCACAAAUCUACUUCAGAAAACAGAUAGUGCAUUCUACAGUAUGGCCAAGGAUGCAGGUUUGACAUGAUGAGCAGUAUUUGAGACUACGUCAGUUAAGAAGUACAGAUUCCGAUUUAAGUGAGAUGAGGUGUUUACAAAAAUGUUGUACAGUCGGGCAGCAGCGUGGCUCUGGUAUAUUUUUUUUUUUCGUCUUGUGUGCCAGUAUGUGUGAGAGCAGCCACGCUUUUGCGAACGGGUUCAAGACCCCAAGCGAAGAAGAGAAAUAGAACAUAUUUACAAGAUAUUGAAGAUAUUCUUGCUUCUCUUCCAUGGAUGUUUGUCGAACCAAGUCCCAUUUUGCAUUACUUAAUCACUUAAUUUAAGAUAAAUACCUAACUGUAUAUAUGUAUUAUAUACUUUAGGUUGUCACAAAAAAUGAUCAAUUUUUGAAAUAAAACCAGUUUAGGAAACCA